AUGAGUGUCGCUCUCAACGAGCUGAAGGACUACGCGGCGUCCGCCCGAAUGGCGCAGGUGCUGCUGCAUGUGACGCACUCGAACCUGCAGGCGCGCAUGUUUGAGAUCCGGCUCGACCGGCACAUGAGCGUCGGCACCGUCAAGGAGAAGCUGCGGACACACACCGGCUACUUUUCGCCGCUGGACGGCUACACGCUGCACAUCACCGACCUCGACCCGCACUCCCUCUCGGCGGGCGGCGGGCUGGAGGACGUCAACCUCGUCAAAAAUGCGAGACCGCCGGAGGGGGACCGGCUGGAGCGGGAGGAGAGCCCCGCUCUUCACGGCUGCUGA